GUAGCCACGCGCUUUGACACAGUGGUAAACAGAAUCAGAAUCAGAAACGUCGCAGCACUUUCCAUCGCAGCGCUUUCCGGCUUCAUUCAUCCAUCUCCGCCGCAUCCACACCUUCAAGAUUUUGCCGACAUAGAAUAUAUAUAUCAUACAUUUUGAUCCAAUUUCCAUAUCCACUCACUCAUCUGAUUUUGUUUCCAUUUCAUCUGAUGAAGCGAUUCAGAGUUCAAUCUCAAAUCGACGUAAUGGGAGUCACCGAUUGCUUGAUUUCAAACCACGCCAACACGGCGGCGUUUUCCGGCCGAGUUUUUGUCUGCAAAACUUGUAAUCGUGAAUUUUCCUCGUUUCAAGCUCUUGGCGGCCACAGAGCUUCUCAUCGGAAGCUCAAACCGUUUCUUUCCGGUGACGGUCUUCAUAAUAUUGGUAUUAAGACGAAGACUCAUGAGUGCUCUGUCUGUGGACUUGAGUUUCCCCUAGGGCAGGCUCUCGGCGGCCAUAUGCGCCGCCACCGGAACUCUUCUCCGCCCGCCGAUUGUCCACCGACGACUCAGCCUGUCUCCGAUGAAUCCGAUUACGACAUCGGCGUCGGAGGAAUUUUUGGAGUGGAUUUGAAUCUGACGCCGUUGGAGAACGAUCUUGUUCGGUUGCAGUUGAUGGCUCCGCCGGUCGGUUGCUUGACAUAAUUUUUUUUUUUUUUUUUUUUUUUUUUUUUUUUUUU